UCGCUCUUUUCUCCGCGAGAUCCGCAGUCAUGGGUCGUCGCCCAGCGCGCUGUUACAGAUAUUGCAAGAACAAGCCCUACCCAAAGUCACGGUUUUGUAGGGGUGUUCCUGAUCCGAAGAUCAGGAUUUUCGACUUGGGCCGCAAGAAGGCUAAGGUUGACGAGUUCCCAUUAUGUGGUCACAUGGUGUCUGAUGAAUAUGAGCAGCUUUCCUCUGAAGCUCUUGAAGCUGCUCGCAUUUGUUGCAACAAGUACAUGGUGAAGACUUGUGGCAAGGAUGGGUUUCACAUUAGAGUACGCCUGCAUCCCUUCCACGUUAUCCGGAUUAACAAAAUGUUAUCCUGUGCCGGUGCUGAUAGACUUCAGACCGGAAUGCGUGGUGCUUUUGGAAAGCCGCAGGGUACUGUUGCCCGUGUACACAUUGGACAGGUGAUCAUGUCUGUGCGCACGAAAGUGCAGAAUAAGGAACAUGUGAUUGAAGCUCUCCGUAGAGCCAAAUUCAAAUUCCCUGGCCGUCAGAAGAUUCACAUUUCCAAGAAGUGGGGAUUUACAAAGUUCAACUCUGUUGACUUUGAAGAGAUGAUUAAUGAAAAGCGCUUGAUUCCUGAUGGCUGUGGAGUUAAAUACAUCCCUGAUCGAGGCCCCUUGAACAAAUGGCGUGCCGUGCACGCUUAGUGGUCUCUGUGCAAGUAGUUUGAGAAAUAAAUUGCACCAUCCAUA